AUGACGUCACGACCGGGUUCGACCCGCGCGCCUCUCCCGCCAGCGCCGCAGAGGCGGCGACGGCAGCGGCAGGAGCAACGGGGGAAGCUGCAGUCGCGCCCGCGGGUGCGGCACCAGCCGCCGCCCUGCCGUUGCUCAUCAUCAUUACAAGCACCGGCAGCGACACCAUCGUCAUCGGGAGCAUCCAUCGUCAUGAAGCCCAGGGUCUCGGGUGGCGCUGUGCCCCGCCCCGCCCCUCUAUCACAGGUCCCGCCCUCGCCCUCGCCCUCGCCCUCGCGCGCGCAAAGCCGUACUGCGGUUCGGAUGCGCGGCAUCAGAUGCGCCUGCCUCCGCGCUGGAGAGGCCGCGCCGCGCCGCGCCCCGCCCCGCCACGCCACGCACCCCGCCACGCCCCUCGCCACGCCCCCCGCCACGGGUCUGGGCAGCAUUAAAGAGACCGCGAGAUGUCGGAGCCUCGCGAACGCGCGGGCGCUGUUUGCGAAAGGCGAAAUAUUUCAUCUCCCUUCCGGAAAUACAAACACUGCUGUUUCAUUCAGUCGGUUUACCCCAAAGGAAGAAGGAGACGUAUUGACGAAAUGA